GUUAUACGUGCUUGAGUUCCCCGCCUUUAGUAAGCGACAGGACGUCGGCGUCACAAUAAUAACCGACAGUCUUUUCACAUUUGAGGCUGUAAAAUUGAUUUCUUAGACACUUUACCUGAACAUGUAGCUACCUCGCUAAUUCUUCACACUUUAAAUCGACCAUCGGUAGCCAUGUUGCUUCCGUCCGACGUCGCACGGCUUGUUCUGGGGUACCUUCAAGAGGAGGGACUGUCCGCUACAAGCCAAGCUUUCAUCCAUGAGAGCCCAAAUCUGAAAGAGUAUGUCGAACACACCACCGAAGAUGGGACCAUUCCUGCUUGUGUUUUUUCUGUCUUUGGGAAAGGCUUAACAACCAUCUUGAAUGAGUAUGUGGCUGUCAAAACAAAAGAGUCUCAACAUGAGGUUCCUGCCAUGAUGACUUCAUUAUGGAAAAAGCUGGAUUUUACACUUAACCAGAUCAAGUCAUUGCAGAAUUCCCCAUCUAUAUCAGCAAGUCAAAGAGUACGUUCGCGCAUUGGAGUGGCAAACAUGGCUCGACAGCGGGUCCUGGCUAUAACUGGUGGUGUCGUCUGCUCACCAGUUUCUGAAACCUCCCACGGCAUGCUCAGCCACUCCACUCCAAUAAGAUACACCCAACAAGCCCCCGGCAGUGGCAUACACCAGCAGAUCAGUGAUGUCAGCCGAUCACUUAAUACGCCCAGCGAUUCACCUAUACAGAUAGCUGUUUCUGAACAUCGGCAAAAUUCAGGCCCAAUGUCUCCUGGACGACGGAAAUGGGACACCCCCAGGAAGAGAGGUGGUGGUGCUCAGAGUGGCUCCAGUGUUCCUGGUAGAAGUGCCAUGACUGUCAGUGCCCCCAGUGUAGAAGGCCAACCUGAAGAGGUCGUCGAUGAGAACUUUCCUGUAAGAUCUCAACUCGUGAUACAAAAUGCACGUGACAAGAUACUGGGGGACAGAUCGUUACAGGAGAAACUUGCUGAAAACAUCAAUAAAAUCCUUGCCAAUGAGCCUACACCUCAAACAUCUAAGGCCCCUGCAAGUACAGUGGAGACAGACCAGUCUAUAGAUGAAAUCCUUGGAUUACAGGGGGAAAUCCAUAUGAGCGAUGAUGCUAUCCAUGACAUAUUGGAGCAAACAGAGUCGGACCCAGCUUUUCAUGCCCUCUUUGAGCUCUUCGAUUAUAAUAAAACCAGAAUAACUGAUGGCGGACCAGAGGAUGCCGAUAUUAGUAGUAGCCCAGAGGAGAGCGACACUGCUGGACCUUCAUCUGCAGUCGGGCCACUUCAGAGUGAUGAUCCAGGCCCUUCACACAGAGAUGCAAAUGCUUCAGAUACAACACCAGUGACACUGAAGAUGAGAGCUGGACAGGAGCGCAAGACCAGAAAGUCUACCGCUCCUACGUUGUUAAAGAAAACGGUUCUUGGUCCCAGUGGCAGACCAUCUAGAAUUGAUAACAGUACAGCCAAACUGUUAGUGAGCCAUGGGGAGCACCGAGGUGGCUCAUCGGCUGCAGUGGACUCAAACAGAAAAGAAUAUAACAGUGUUUUUGGAACACCUAUGGAUAUUGAUGAACCGUUGAAUACACCACCUCCUCCUUCAGACAGUAUGGACAUUCAGGAGCCUGCCACAAAGGACAGCACCUCCAUCACAACUGCCCCCAGUGACUCAACUUUUCUUACCUCUGCUGCAUGUGCUACACCAGCAGCAACGUCUAAUACUGACAAAAAACAGGAGCAUAAACAAGCACAAGGGUGUAAAGUGCGACCUUUGAUAGCCCCUUCUGCUUUUAUGUUCCCUUUACAAGUUGAACUAAACAACUCUGCAGUGCCGUCUGCUGACCUACCUCAUAUGUCUUUUUCAAGCAGUGGAAGAGACACUCAACCUGGUGUUGCUCCCUCUGUAACACCUGAAUCAGCCUCUUGCACAUCUCCUACCAGUGUUACGGUUACAACUGCACAUGCCUCGCCUUCAUCAUUUUCCACUGCUGCACCAUUCACAGCAACUGGAUCACCCAUAUCCGCUUCAUCCUCUACAACACGUACAGCUACACCUGCCUCAUCGUUACCUGUCUCACCUGCAUCCUCCUCCUCUUUCGCCACAGUCGGUGCAGCACUUGAUCCUCCAACCACCAACCACACUACCCCAAGCAAGGCCGCAGUUGAUUCCAGUAAUAUAGUUUCUUUGAAGAUCAUCAUCAGCGAUACCCAGGAUGAGGAUUCUUCAAAUGACGCUGCCUUGAAUAAGAUGGUUCCUAGCAUCGCCAGAGACAAGAUACCAACCAUCUACCUUACCUCUCCCGCUAAGUCCUCAGGAGGGCCAGGAACGCCAAAGGCCAACUUGGAUGAGGCAGCACAGGCCGUCAGUGGCUUACAAAGAUCUGAGGCACAUGCUAGUCCUCUCAGCUGUAGGGCUGGGGCUGUAGUCGCAUCCCCAUUAACAGGAACAUCGCAGGCCCAGCCAAACUACAUUAUUCAGCUACCCCUGGACACUGCUAACCCUGCCAUCCAAGGAGCCACUGCCAGUUAUUUCCUUGUGACCGAACCCCCCACUACAGAUCCUCAACCCAGACAGGUGCUACUGUCUGCUGGUGUCGCAAAGGGGCAACCUUUACCGACCAAACAGUACGGGGUGACCAUACCGUCUCCCUCUCGAGGCUUCUCAACCGGGUCAACACUCAUCUUACCAUCACCUGUAAAGCCCUUGAUUCUUCCUGUUUCUGUUAUGGGGUCGAAUACUCUGGGGAAGGUCCAGAUGAUGUCCAACCAGCUUGUUGCCAUACCAAACCCAGCACCGGUACAGCAGUCGGAAACUGUAAAGCCCAAGUCUCCCGCAGUGGCAAUAAAACGGUCUACACCUGCUGGCAACAAGCAGCACCUGGCUGGUAAGUCGGUUCAACCGGUGUUGCCUGAAAAUGCAGUCCAGCAGGAUACAACAAAGGGCCCCAGUCACAGGAGAAUUUUAUGUUUUGACUCUUCUGCUGAAGAUCAACCACAACCUGCUAAAACAACAGGGACCACCAAACCUUCGACUACAAAUACAUCUACAUCACAAUCUUUCCAGCAGGCUGAGAAAGACAAUACGCAGUCUGUGGCUCGAGUAAAACCUACUAUUUUGGGUGGUAACAAGCCCAAGAGGAGGAUAGAGACUGUUAGAUGCCCAGCAGAAGGACAGAAGGACGCUGGAGCAGGUUUCAUGAAGGAGCCAGAGAAGUCAGUGCCUCCACAACAGCACCAGAAAGAUCCUCCUAAAAAGAACUCUCGCAAACAAGAUCAUAGUAGCCAUAAGCAAGACUCUCAAAGUGCAAGUACUAGUAGUGUUGAUGCCUCAAAGCCUGAGACUUUGAAGAAUUCAGAAUCAGAAAGGAGAUCAAAAUCUAUUGACAGGAGACACAAUCAUGAUAAGAAUGGUGAUGGAGCAAAAGCUAAGGAUUCUUGUACUUCUAGGUCAUCGUCCUCUGAUUCUGCACUGAAAUCAGGAAGUAGAAAAGAGAAAGAGGAGAGCGGCAGGAAAGAACCUGCAGAAAAGACUUCUGGCAAAUCUCGCGAGGGGCGUACAGAAAAGAGGCCUCCCUCUCAGGAGAUGCCAAAUGUGACAGCUAACAAGGAGAAUGAAAUGAAGGGUAGCUUGCAAGAGCAGCAGUCAACAUCUUCAACCUCAGUAUUAAGAGACUUCAGCCCCCCUGCAGUAACACAGCCUGCAUCUAAUCCUCAGUCCAAGUCUACAAAAGCCCCCUCAAAGACCAGCUCUCUGGCCAAACAGGCAGCUGAGAUGUUGCAGGACAUCCAUGGCCUUAACUCUCCUUCCACCCCAGCCAAGAGGCCUGUAGCAAGCAGUUCAGACCUUAGUCUACCCCGGACUCCUGGGACAGGCUGUAACCAGGAGUCCACUGACUGUCCCAGGACUCCUUCCAGACAGAAGAGAGGUACAGACGGAGAGGGGACUCCCAAGCAUCUAUUGCCACCCAAUACCCCAGAUAUCCCCACCUGUAGCCCGGCCAGUGAGGCUGGCAGUGAAAACAGUAUUAACAUGGCUGCUCAUACACUUAUGAUUCUAUCCCGUGCUGCUAUCGCCAGGACAGGCACUCCACUGAAGGACAGCUUGCGUCAGAAGGAAGUCGGAGAAAAUUCACCCAAAACUUCAAAGAACUCUAAGAAACGCAAACAGUCUUCUCCCACAAGUAGCCCGCGUGCAAAGAAAGAGUCAAAACAGUCUCCCGGCAAAAAUGCAGACCGGGAAAGGAAGAAACUUGCAGACUGCUUUCCACAUGACUUGGAUGUGGAUAAGUUCCUGUCUUCACUUCACUAUGAUGAGUGAAACUAGACACAGAACAUGAGAGGACUACGAUAUCAACACCUGCAUAGAUUACGGUACCGGAAUAGAUCAAGCCAUCUGCUAAACCAGUGCCUAUGGUUCCUAUAAGAAACCUUGCCGGGAACCUUAUAAGCUGUGAUGUCUCCUUCAGCCAAGAAGGGAUUUUGAUUUGGCUGAUGAGUUUCCUAUGUGGGUGAUCUGCAUAAAAUCCUUAGAUGCAGCAGUAGGGGAAACCAUGGGACUUUUUUUUUAAUCCUCAUGCUCAUAUUUGUUUAAAUUAUCAUUGUUUUGUACUACCUUCUCAUAACAUUGGGGCACUUUGACAUAAUGUGUGCAUGUUGCUCAAAUUGGUGACUCAAAUAAUUUUCUUGGUCAAUAUUUGACUUUAGUUCAAUUAAAAAAAAUCUGCUAACACUGACUGAUGGGAUGGGAUGUAAAAAUAUGUCUUGGAAUAUUCUCUAGUACUUUAGUGACACUGAAGAAGAGCUCUCCUUUUGAUUUUUUUUCCAUGUUCAACUGAAAAAACAAGUAAUGUGAAGAUUAUAUUUUAUUGCAUACAUAUGUGCAUAUAUAUAUAUAUUGUUCGUAGAAUCACACACACAUCAGAAAUGCAUACUCAGGCUUCAUUCAAUGAUGAAAUAAAACACACAAAUCAUC